CGUAAGAGUGCGUCGCUCACAGAGAUCGAAUUUCAAUUGAAGCCGACUGUUCUUUUAUUGACUCCGGAUGACUGCGACGAGCACUCAGAAGUGGUACAACUGCUGAGUCGUUUCUCUGAACGCCAUGCUGGGGACACCGUUCUUUUAGACUAUCGCGAGGAUAGUAGUGGGUGGACGCUUUGUACGUACAUCUACUCAUGCAGUGAUGUCGCUGAAUGGGCGACAGUUUCAGUCGAUGCGCGUUUUCAAUAAUCAUCCUAGAAAGGGACAGAGCGAAGCUUUGCGUACGUCGGCGACACCCCCUGAAUUGCCUAAUUUCUAGACACUUGAGGAAAGCUGCCACUUCCUAGGAGAGUAUACCCACC